GAGUGACAGGCGGAGUCACGUGGUCCUUCUAACCCUGGGCAGAUCGCUGAGUUGGGCCAGUGGUUCACAUUGAGUCUGCAGCACACAAUGGCAGAGAGUUCGGAGAAAGUUCCUAUUGCCCUAGCGGGACCCGAGGACGUCGAGCAGAACCUGCCGCCUGCAUAUACAGCAGUGACAGUAAAACCGUCCAGCAGUGGGCGCCUUCUGAGAAUCGGGGCAGUGGUACUAAUCUCCGGGGCACUACUUCUCCUCUUUGGAGCAAUUGGAGCUUUUUACUUCUGGAAAGUAAAUGAGAAACAUGUUUAUAAUGUCCAUUAUACAAUGAGCAUCAAUGGAAAAAUACAGGAGGGAUCCAUGGAAAUUGACGCAGGAAACAAUCUAGAGACCUUUAAAACUGGUGUCGGAAGUGAUGAGGCUGUGGAAGUGCAUGACUUUCAAAUUGGUAUUACCGGAAUCCGUUUUGCUGGGGGAGAAAAAUGCUACAUUAAGGCUCAGGCAAAAGCUCAUAUCCCAGAUGUUGACAGCAUGACAAAGGAAAGCCUCUCGUUCGAAUUGGAAGAUGAAAUCAUGCCUGCAAAGUUUGAUGAGAAUUCGCCUAUCUGGGUGGCUGCAGACCAGCCACUGAAGGAUAACAGCUUCUUGAGUCCAAAACUCCUGGAACUUUGCUCGGAUCUCCCUAUUUUCUGGCUUCGACCCACACGUCCAAAAGAAAACCAAAGAGGUAAAAGGGAUGUUGGAAGGAAAGCCAGACAAGCUCAGAACAACCUUAACUUGGACCAAUUUGAAGCUGCAGCAGAGGAAAGAAACACUCGCCGCCAAGGAAGUCGACGUGCUAAACCUGCAGCCAAUCAGACUCAGCCAGCUCCGGAGCAGGAAGUACCAUUUAACCCCGAGAACCCGUAUCAUCUGGAAGGAGAAGGCGGUGUGACAUUUGACCCCAUGUUGGAUCAUCAAGGUAUCUGCUGCAUUGAGUGUCGGAGAAGUUACACUCAGUGCCAGAGAAUCUGCGAACCUCUGGGUGGCUACUACCCUUGGCCUUAUAACUACCAUGGAUGCCGUUCCGCAUGUAGAGUCAUCAUGCCCUGCAGCUGGUGGGUUGCACGCAUCCUUGGCGUGGUUUAAAGUGACAGCCAAAAUAUGAACAGGAAAUGUAAGCCGACGUGCCGUCAGCCAUCAGAAAAAGAAUAGCAAUGAAUGGAAUAGUUGUAUUAAAUGUGAUUGACACAUCACCUGUUGUAAAUAAAAAAAAGACCUAAAUUAAUAGUUGCUACCCAGAAUAGCUGAAUAAAACAUGUGCUGUUUAACCAGUACAACAUGUGUACUGAAUGUGCAAUAUUCUUUAU